UAGAGCUUGUUUGCAGCCGGUAGACGAAUUCAUUGGGACGAAUUUGGUGUUUCUGGACGUCGUGGAGGUUUAUUUAUUCUGUACAUUUAAUAGUUAUGAAUAGAAUUACAACUGCUGCUUAUGCUUUGAGAAGCAAGAAACUCUUUAAACACAUAUUUUUCUAUGAUGAAAUUGCUACACAGGUGUUGCAGAAAGGAUUAGUUUGUAAUUUUUCUGUGAUGUCAAAUAAGAAGCAGCCUGAAUCCAGAUCACUAUCACAUAACCAAGCAAAGAAACUGUUACAUUUUAAUCCAAAGCAUUUUGAAGUUGUGAGACAUGCUCAUUCAACUCCUUUCAAUACUAUCAUUAUGUUUGUACCUCAGCAAGAAGCUUGGAUUGUGGAGCGUAUGGGCAAAUUCAAUAGAAUUUUACAGCCAGGUCUGAAUUUUUUAAUCCCUAUUGUUGAUAAAGUGAAAUAUGUCCAAAGUCUAAAAGAAUUGGCAAUAGAUAUACCUCAGCAGUCAGCAAUAACUUUAGAUAAUGUUACUUUAAAUAUUGAUGGAGUUCUAUAUUUAAGGGUUGUUGAUCCAUACAAGGCUAGUUAUGGAGUUGAAGAUCCUGAAUUUGCUGUAACACAGUUAGCACAGACUACAAUGCGAUCUGAGCUUGGCAAAAUCUCCUUAGACAGUGUUUUCAGGGAAAGAGAGUCAUUAAACAUAGCCAUAGUUGAUGCAAUAAAUAAAGCCAGUAGUGCAUGGGGUAUUGAUUGCUUACGAUAUGAAAUAAGGGAUAUUAAAUUGCCUCAGAGAGUAAAUGAAGCCAUGCAAAUGCAGGUAGAAGCUGAAAGGAAGAAACGAGCUGCAAUUUUAGAAUCUGAAGGUAUAAGAGAAGCAGACAUCAAUGUUGCUGAAGGUAAAAAGAGAUCUAGGAUUCUUGCGUCUGAAGCAGAAAAAACUGAACAAAUAAAUAAAGCUCAAGGUGAAGCUUCUGCUAUUUUAGCAAAAGCUGAUGCUAGAGCAAAGUCUCUUCAAGUUGUUGCUGAAUCCUUACUAAGAAAGAAAGGUAACAAUGCAGCAUCUUUACUUGUAGCAGAACAGUAUGUGAGUGCAUUCAGUAAGCUUGCAAAAACUGGAAACACAUUAAUUUUACCUUCAAAUACAAAUGAUGUUUCAUCCAUGGUAGCUCAAGCAAUGUCAAUUUAUAACAAUAUUUCUCCAAGAACAUCUGAAAGCAUAGAAGCAAUAAACUCUGCCCAAUCUAUUGAGAAAGACUGGAAUGAAUAUAUCAGUGAUGAUGAACAGAAUGUUGAAUCCCCUCCAAUACAACAUAAUAUAGUUAAAAAAGAUAAAGAUGGGACUAAUUAACAUUUUUUAGGCAUUUAAAAAAUUUGAAUUUGUUUUUUUUUUAAUAAAUAAAUCUUGUACCUCGCUGAA